GUCAUACCAAGCAUAGCCUGCGUGUCAGUGCAGUCGACUUACAGCUGGCUGUGAGGAGAACUGGCGCUACUCUUUGUUUUGCUCUCUGUCACUGCGAUACAUUUACCUGUAUUUCAAAAAAGUAAAGUCGUUAGAAUAACUGAAGUGAUCUGGUGUCGAUCCUCUCCGCUGGUUUUCAUUUUAUUAAAGAGACUUCUAGAUAAAUCAAAGUUGGAGGCUGGGCCUUUAGCUUUUUGACCGUCGUUUGAGAGAAGGAGAAAAAGCUGGUAUUUUUUUUGUUAAAACUCGAUAAAUGCUACUAACGAAAAUGGACCUGUUGAACUACCAGUACCUGGACAAAAUGAACAACAACAUUGGCAUUCUCUGCUACGAAGGUGAAGCAGCUUUGAGGGGCGACCCCAGACUCCAGUCCCUGUCUCUGUCCUCAUCUUCCUCCUCUUCCUCCUCCUCCUCUUCGUCGUCAUCAUCCUCUUCUUCCAUCUCCUCCAUCUCCAGCCACAGGACGGGUCCUCCUCCCAUCAGCCCCACCAAGAGGAAGCUGAGCGGGGACCAGGGGGACAGCGACAUGGACGACAACGAGCAUGUGGCAAAGAUGAGCCGACUGUUUGCUGCGCAGCUGAAACCUAACGGAGACUAUCGCAGCUCUCCCGUCUGCAAGGAACAGAGCCGCAGUCCUAUCGAGCGUGUGGUGGUGCCCAGUGCUCUGGGAGUCCACAGCAACCACCUGUACAGCCACGCCCACCAUCACCACCACCACCACCACCACCACCUGGCCAGCUUAGCCGGCAUGGACCAGCCAUUGGCACUCACCAAAAACAGCACGGUGGAGUCUGCACGUAGCACCACAGCGGCUAUGGCAACAGUGCCGCACACAGUCAGUGCCGUGGAGCGCCAGCAGAAUCGUCCUUCAGUGAUCACAUGCGCCCCAGCUAACAACCGCAACUGCAACCUGUCUCACUGUCCGGUUUCUCACAACGGCUGCUCAAGCCUCUCUAACAGCUACAGGAGAAUCAACACCAACACAGCCUGUGACCCGGUGAUCGAAGAGCAUUUCCGCCGCAGUCUUGGGAAGAACUACAAGGAGCCCGAGCCCACCGCCACCAACUCAGUGUCCAUCACGGGCUCGGUGGACGACCACUUCGCCAAGGCACUGGGCGAGACCUGGCUGCAGAUUAAAAACAAGGGGAGCCCCUCGUCGUCCGGCAGCAGCCCAAACUCCUCCCCCGACAGUCACAUGGUCAAUCACAACCACUCCCCUUCUGUCGUCUCCUGAAGGAGGACGGGUUAAAGAGGGAUUUGCCUCCCGUUUCCCCUGCCCUCCCAAUCAUCCCGGCUCCAACACCCAUGCCUCCAUCACUUUGAUCUGUCACCAGCAUCCCAGAGGAAAUGCCUGCCUGCUGGUCUGCUAAAAACAUCCAAAACCCUCAAACCUGCUUUUUCUUUCUAUGCACUCAUAGAGGAUCAAUCAAGCAAUAACAACAAGGUUGUUUAUUUUAUUUUCUUCUUCUGUCCUCUGGUAUGGGAAUGCCAGACCGUAAUCAGUAAUGGGUGAUGAGGUUCGACUUUGGGACUUGACUGGAGCAUCGAGCUGCUCCUUUUCUCAAUCAUUCAUCACCCGUGCAUGUCAUGCUUGAAGCUGAGCAAGUGUCUGUAGUUAUAUGUACAUAGAGAGGCAAGACGGUGUUUUAAUUAUUAAUUUUUCUUCUUGUUUUGUUUUUGUUUCUUUAACAGUAGUUCUGUAUACUGCUUUUGCAUUGUGAGAUGCCUGACAUUUGAAAAGAAAAUUGAAGUGAGAAACACUUUGGAGAAAAUAAUCACAAACCACCUGACUGUGCUACCAAAGAAACCUCAGAACCUGAUGUUUAUUCACUGCCCACCUCGAAAACAAAACAACAGACAGCCAUCUUGUAAUCUCCACCUUCUGUUUUAUCUCUUUUUUUAAUUUUUAUUUUCAUCCUCUCAUUCCCCCCUCUCUCCUGUGCAUGUGUUCUGGUGGUUUUGUUACUGUAUGUGUACGCUUAAGUGAUCGACUUGGUCUGAUUUGCACUACUGCCGUAGUGGGUAAAGGGUGGCGUGUCAAAAUUGUAAUCUGGCAAUGUACACACUGGGACUGAUGGCGUGGACGCAAUCAGGCAUAAUCCAGCUUUUGUUGGAAUCUCUUAUUUGAUCUCCAAAUUUUAAUCUACCUGGAUGUAAUUUCAUUCUGACCCUGACAGAAAAGUACAUACCAGGGGACUGGUGGGCAGUAUGAAAUGUUAGAGAUAUGCAAAGUAAUUUGGCUACCAUAUGAUGUAUACAGUAUCUCCAGUAUUCAUAGUAUAUUGGGAUAGUAAAUAUAUUGGACCUCCCAGCCCUGCAUACCUGCUCUAGGCUGUAAGUACAUCCACUUUUUUAAUUAAGCCGUGCUGAUUGGUAUCGGCGUAGACGAAUAUAUUGCCGCCCCAACAAAAAGCAUAUAAAACAACUUCACACGCUGUGCCAAAUUGUUUUUUGUUUUUCACAAGCACAGUCAGGUUAUCAAGUCAGCUAACUGUUGGUGUUGAUGGACACCGCAGCCAUUAUGAGAGAUUAGGCCUGAAAACCCAGUUGUCCAACCUUCACUGUGUUGAAGGCUACACUCUGCUGAACAACGUGCUUUGAUGUGUUUCAUGGUCUUAACUGCUGACAGUGAUGAGGGGAUAGAUGACGCCGCAUGUCACUUUGUGGUUGGGGGAGAAAGAAAAAAAGAGUCUGGUUUCUCGACCUGGGGAGAGAUCAUUCACAUCUCUUCAAACGCGCCUUUUUGUUUUUGUAACUCUUUGAACACAGGUGUAAUUAUAUUUGGCUUACACCCUGUCACCCCUCCCUCUCAUACUCACUGUGGUUUGGUAGAUUUCUACAAGGUUUGAAGGGUAAACUAAUGCUUUUACAGAUGCAUGUUUUUUUUUUUAAUAGCUGGUAUCUAUUAAUGUUUUUAAGCAUUUCAAUCUUAACUACUAUUAGACUUUUCAUUUGGACGUUAGUUGUUACUUCUUUCAUUGUCAGUAACAGACAUAGACACUAUACACUCACUGCUGGGUCAGUUGUACUCCAUAUUAUUAUUGUUACUGUUAUUAUUACACUUUUGUAAUUGUUUUUCAUUAAUAUCAGUAUGGUAACAAACAUCUAUAGCGGGACAGCCUCCGGACAGGCUCUGUUUAACGAUGAGAGCUGCGCUUCUCAAAACCACCUCGGCCCGGUAACCGCCACCGCUCAUCGCAGCAGUGGCGGUUCUAGUGUCGAGUUGCCAUUGGGAUACGCAGCCCGUAAAGGUUUUCUUAAGAUGUUGAUCAAUCAGUGGUACAGGAUGCUACAAACUUCAGCGUGACUAAGCUGAGACACCAAACUGACACAAAUUAGUCAGCAGGGCCUUGUUUUUCUGGAAAGCAUCUCAGCCUGAGAAGAAAAGUUUCAGAGCUAUGAAAAACAUAGCAGCGAGAUGGUUGCAAACAAAACACUUCAUAAUUUAUGGUUAUCUGAAUGCAUGGUGCGACAUCACAGCUUUUUCAGCCUUCGUCAGUUGACUUUUUGUGUCCUGGCUUGGUGUCCAGGCUUUAUUUUUUUGUUACUUCAAUGCUGUCUUUUCUGAACAACAUUGUAAUGUUGCUGCAGUGAAGCUAGACUGCUGCAGUCUGAGAAAAUGAAGUGGGAAGAGCCUGUGCCAAGGUGGCAAACAUUCCUCCUAUAGGGAACUUUGUACAGGCCUCACACACACACCCAGCAUCUCCACAUCAACACACAGAGCUAACAACCAGCUGGGGCCAACUGUCCCAGGCUUUAUUGUGUCUUUAGCAGAAUUACAAUGUGUCCACUUUUUUUGUCUUUGCAUCAUGCAAAUUUGCAAUAAAAUCCGUACCGUAUGAUAAAGGAACAAACAAGCAUUUGUGCCAUAACAGAAUUUAGAGAACUGGGGUUGUAACAGGUGGGCAGUAGAAAAGUAGCAAAGUACAGAAUCAUUUCAUGCCCCUAAGCUGAUGUUGAAAGGUGACGAGGUUCAUAUUCGUUUGUUUUAGGUAAUUUAAAAAAAAAAUCAAGUACAUCCAUUAAAGAGUUCUCUCCCUCAGUGUUCUAGAGCGUCCACACAUUCCAUCCUCAGAACCGAUGUGACAGAACACCAGCUGAUGGUUAAAGUUCUAGAAUCUUCACAUACAUAACAUUUUUCAUCGUUUAAUCUAGUGAAGACAUUUCCAUAACAAAUAAGUACGUUACUACGCUUUGGAGGUGGGGGCAGUGCUUCAGGAGCUGAGCUUCUGUUAGCACGACCUGUGUCACAGCAAUGCCCCCCCCCCCCGAUUAAGACUUAACAUGCUAGAAAACAUGAGGGAAAAGGGCUCAGUGUCAUGGAUUUUUGUUUUUCUGUUAUCAUUUCACUACCACCCUGUAGGUAGGAGGCUCUCUUUCUGCUUUGACACACUCCCUACACACUGUAGGAAAAUCACUUAAUAAAAAAAAUACUUUUUUAUAAUAGGUAACUAUAAGACCAUCAUUACGCUGUGCGUAACGAAUGUACAGAGAAAAAAAUCGUAGGUAUUUUUUGAGGAACAAUUAAUUUGUUAAUGAUAUGUAGCUAUUUAAUUGUUGGUUUUCCUGUCCUUAUAUUGUAAUCAUUGCAUUUUCUUUUUUUUUGUGAAAAAAGUUGAUCUUUUUUGUUUAUAGAGUUUGUCUUGUUAGAGUAAAGGUUCAAGUGCAGGAACACAGUAAACUUAUGAAACCACAGUAAGCCACUGGUGUGCCGGUGACAAUCGCUAUUUCCAUUGGUCCUCAAUGUUCUGCAAUCAUUUAACUUGUGUUAAAUCAUGUGACUUCUGAACAAAAGUUUCACUUGUGAGCAAAUGGGAGGUUGUCCUUUUAGUGCCCUCUUGAGCAAUUUGCAUGUUUUGCAUUGAUGGAACAUAAAUUUUGCCACUAGCCUGGUGAGUCUUGGCGGCCAUUUCCAAGUAAUUUCCAUUGAACUAUUAAAAAUUAAAUAAAAUUCAUCAUGUCAUAGUCAUGGGCUAGCUUAGUCAAAUUUCCACCAUUGCAUGUAAGCAAUAUAAAAUGUGGGUUUUGAAGGUGUUUUGAUGACAAUGGGAACUGAGCUACAAGUUAAAUCAUCAGUCCCAUUGAGAACUUUUUUUUGGAUUGGUUUAUAACACCAAACUUAACUGACCUGACUGUAUAUUUGUAAUAAACAUUAUGGUCAAGUUCAUCUGCUUCUUUACCAGUUGGUGAGGCUGAGAUGGGCUUUGGGGAUGUCGCCCUUGUAUCUAAUGUUGCUGUUCCCAUCUGUGGAGGCCAUUUUGCAUCUGUAAUCAAGUAAACAACAUGAAAAUUGUGCCGAUAAAUCAAAGAGGAGUCAGUCUUUACUCGUGACUGUACCACAUUUUCCAGAUCGUUUUUGAAAUGGAAAUAGCAUGUGCUUCGUGGUAGUAACACUCUGAACUGUAAAAGAAAUUUGUAUCAAGAAAUUUGUGGCUCUGUGUCUCCUACUAAAAAGGUUUUGGCAGGCCACCUUUUUUGUACGUAAAGUAGCCUCGAUGAACAAUAAAAUGCUUUUAAACCAC